GAGAAGAGAGAACUGAUGAUUCUAAUCAAGACACACUCAGACCCGCCUCACCAUGGGCCUACAGACCCCACGCCUGGGGCCCGGACUUCCCGGGAGCUGGAUGCCGUAUCCAGCAUGCUCCGAGGCCACAGCGCUGUGUUCCAGGCCUUGCUGGGGACCCUCUUCACCUGGGGGCUGACGGCCGCCGGGGCGGCUCUGGUGUUCAUAUUCUCUAGUGGGCAGAGGCGGAUCCUAGAUGGAAGUCUUGGCUUCGCUGCAGGGGUCAUGUUGGCAGCCUCCUACUGGUCCCUCCUGGCCCCAGCGGUCGAGAUGGCCACGUCCUCCGGGGGCUUCGGUGCCUUUGCCUUCUUCCCCGUGGCCGUGGGCUUCACCCUCGGUGCUGCGUUCGUCUACUUGGCCGACGUCCUGAUGCCUCAGCUGGGCGCGGCGGAAGACCCCCACACGGCCCUGGCCCUGAACUUGGACCCCGCGUGGAUGAAGAAGUCUGAUGCCGAGAGCCCCAGGCUGCUCCUCCCUGCGAGCGAACUGUCCAUCCGGAUCGGUGGCGCUGGGCUCCUUCCAGACAAGAGUGAGAAUGGCGAGGCGUACCAGAGGAAGAGGGCAGCGGCCCCCGACCAGCCCGAGGGCCCCGCCAUCCCUGCGUCUGCUCUCCGGGGACCUUGGCCCCGCCCAGCGGCAGCAGCUGGAGGAGGAUCACGCUGCUCAUCUUGGCCAUCACCAUCCACAACAUCCCAGGUGAGGACCGGCCCGCCCGCAGGGCAGGCACUGCCGAAGAAACUGGAGGCGUCCUCUCCGCGGCCAGAGACCCACUCACAGGCAGGCGUCCUCGUGGUAAGAAGCACGUUGACGAUGCUGGAGGCCGCCACUGCCUGGGCCUUUCGACUUCCGGCCGUGAAGGGCUCCACAUCUAUGAUGUAG